AGAAAGAAAAAAGAAGAAAUAUUGGAAAUGAAAUGAAUUCUAAUUUUAAGUUAAAUGUAAUAUUAUUGUAUCCCCCACUUCAAAUUGUUUAAUAUUGUUGCAGAAGCAAUCCUGCCUUACAUACAGUAUUAUUUUUUAUAAUUAUUUGGUUUUUUUUGUAGAUAUCAAUCUGUACUUUACUGUUACUGUACUGUACUCAAUUGUACUGUUUAUCAGAUAAAAUGGAUUUAAUGAGAAGUCCGCAUAGCUAUUUGAAGACGAUGAACAGCUUUAAAGAUGAAUCCCAUGAAUGGUCUGAAGGGGAUAAACAUGAUGAUAAUGAUAUUAUUGAUGAAGUAACUGGAGAUUAUGAUUACUGGCAUUAUAUCUGUGACGGCACUGAUGACAGGGGUUGGGGAUGUGGAUACAGAACAGCGCAAACUAUAAUAUCCUGGAUACAUUUCAAUAUAAACAAGGAUAUCCAGAUCCCAUCUUUAAGGAAGAUACAAGAGAUAUUGGUCAAUAUGGAAGAUAAACCAGCAAGGUGGAUUUNNAGGGUCCAACGAUCACGAGAAUGGAUUGGUAGUGUUGAAGUUGGAUUAGUCAUAGAUUCUCUCUCUGAUAUUCCUGUGAAGAUGGUUCAUGUUAGGUCUGGAGAUGAUCUAAAGAACAUAUUUCCUACUCUUCAACAACAUUUCAGAACUAGAAGAUGUCCUGUUAUGAUGGGAGGUAAUGAGGAUUGUUCUUCCAAGGGUGUAUUUGGUACUAAACUAGUAGGAGACAAGAAAUAUCUACUUAUUGUGGACCCACACUAUUUUAAAGAAGCUGAGAUGGAACAUUCCCCCUCAGUUCUUAUCAAUCAAGGUUGGAUAAAAUGGCGAGAGAUAAAUACUUUUAUGGAAUCAUCUUUCUACAAUCUUGCUCUGCCACAAGCUUGAUCUUUUUCAAGCGGUUGAAACCUGAAAUGGCGGACAAGAUAUAUCCUGGCGAAUGGAGAAAAUGCCGGAGAAAAAAAUUCUUUACAAACGGAGAAGAAUUGAUUUUUGACAAAGGAUAUUAAAUCGAUGAUAAUUGGUUAAGUUGCAGAAAAAUAAGUUGCUUUGUCGGCGAAACCACUUCCGAAGUUUGCACUCCAAUCCUAUAAAAUUGAAUCCUUUUAUGAUGAUUUUAAUUAAAUGCAUAUGUAUGGAAGUAGGGCGUCUUUAAAUGUCUAUUUUGAUUUGAUUAGUAAAUUUUUUAAUCAAAAAACUUAAUUCAUAAUUUUUCAGA